AAAGGCGUGAUGAUUCUAGCUUCACAAUCUAAAACACACCCGUGAAAGGAUACAGACAGGCUAAAGAUUAGAAAAGUGUGCUUUAUUGUCAGUAAUCUUAUUCCCUUUCAGACUUUUCGAAAACGAAGAGGCAAAGCGGACGCUGUACUUUUUGUUGUUGUUGACUGAAUUGAGACGCGCGAGUCAGUCAUCAGAUCCGUGCUGGGGUUUUCUUCUUCUUCUUCUUCUUUUGCUAUAAUAAAGCUGUACCAAGCGAAGAGAUGGUGUGUGUGAGCGGUUUGGUGGUCACCGUGGUGUUGCUGGUCCUCUUUCGGGUGGAGGAAAUAGCAGAAGCGUGCAGCUGCUCCCCUGUGCAUCCUCAACAGGCGUUCUGUAACGCAGACAUCGUAAUCAGAGCAAAGGUGGUAGGAGGAAAAGAGGUCAGUGCUGGGAACGAUAUUUAUGGCAACCCUAUCAAGAGGAUCCAGUAUGACAUCAAGCAGAUUAAGAUGUUUAAAGGACCAGACCAGCACAUUGAUAUGAUCUUUACUGCACCGUCUUCAGCUGUGUGUGGCGUAACCAUGGAUACUAAUGGAAAGAAGGAGUACCUCAUCUCAGGAAAGUCAGAUGGUAGUGGAAAGAUGCAUGUGACUCUGUGUGAUCUCAUCAUGCCCUGGGAGUCCACAAGUGCCACCCAGAAGAAGAGUCUGAGCCAGCGUUACCAGAUGGGCUGCGACUGCAAGAUCUCCCGCUGCGCAGCCUUCCCCUGUGAGAUCAGCAGCCCUGAGGAGUGCUUGUGGACGGACUGGGUGACAGAGAAACUCAUUCAUGGACGUCAGUCCGAGCACUACUCCUGCAUCAAGAGAGGAGAUGGUUCCUGUGCUUGGUAUCGUGGAAGUGCUCCACCAAAAAAGGAGUUCCUAGACAACGAGGACCCAUAAUAAAUUCAUGAUCAGCUAUAUACAGUGCAGUCUGAAGUUCUUUAAAAUAACAUAUAUUUAAGAUGCAACAUAAGUCAGAACAAAAAAAAAAAACUGCACCACACUAAAUUUAGAUUAGAUUUACGGUUUAAAUAGAUAUCAGAAUGUAGGUCAGUGCAGCUGCUCAAAAAGCUUGUACUCUGCAACAUCACCAUUACAUAAAAUACAUUCUUAUUUAUGAAUAUUAUUUGCCCUAAAAGUGCUUAAUUGUUGUUCUUUAAAUGACCAAAAUGACCUGUGAUUCUACAAAAUUUUGCAGUCUCACCGCUCAUUUCACAAGUUUCUUGUUCUCUCCUUUAAGCAAAGAGAAAGUUUAAGUGUUACUCUUGUGAAUGUAGUUUCCCAGAGCUGUGCUAAUUGGUCGAGUCAAAUACAUGGUGAGGCAGGACUUCCCAGGGAGUUAAAACACUGACUGAGAUCAAAUGAAGAGCAUUUAAUGUAGAUUUUUUUAGAAACUAGGUUGUUAGAAAAAGAGAAUUAGAGACCAAAGUCAUUCCACAUUGAUUUGUGAGGGACAAAGAAGCUUAUAGUUUGCUGCUGACCAAAUUUAAGAAUGUUAGAGCAUGAGGACAGGUUGUUUCUCAGAGUCAUUCUUACCUGUAUUGUGUUUGCUUUAAACCACAAAAUCCCUAUUAGGGAAAAAUAAAGGAAUGAUAAGGCAAUACCAUAUUAUCAGUUUGACACUGCUUGUCACAAUUUUAUUAGUUUCUUUCUGAUUGGGGACAUGGCGUUACGUAAUAGAAAGAAGUCAACUUGCCUAGUGUCUUCAUAUCCGUUUUAUUUACUUGUUGAAUAUUAACUGAUUCUGUCUAUGCCCUUUAACAUUCUUUCUCUUUCUAACAUGUAUACCUUUGUCUUGUCUGUGCUAUUUUUAUAAUCUUAGAUAUCUGCCUUUUUACAAAUAAUUUCUCUUAAAUCACUCUUGAUCCUUAUUGAACUUUUUAUUGCACUUUGUAGGAACUGCUAAAGAACUCAAUCAUCUUUUUUCAGGUUUUGUAAGUCAGUAGAAUGCCAUUUAAUGCCUUUUGUGCUUAUUUGCAAAUGACAUUGUAAUGUUCAUGUAGAACGUGAGAUACUGAGGUUUCAUUAGCAAAUGCUUGAUAGGAAUUUUCUGGCCUUAGACUGGAAUACGCCAUCAGUGUCUCUGCAUAUGGUUUAUUAGUUGAUGUGCUGUUAGAACGCAUAAUGAAGUAGGGCUAUGAAGUAAGACUCUAGUUGCCAUGGUAAUAGCUGCACCCCACACUUGCCCUUCAGUUAUCAAAUUAAACAGAUUAACAGCUGAAUAACAUACACAUUGUUCUGUAUUUGGGGAGAGGGAAGGUUUCUUCUCUGCAUUACUAAUGAACACAGUUUGUUGGUUGAGUUUAGAGGAAGGCACAAUGAAUGAUGUUUUUGUUACUGUAUUCUGAUUGGGCACUACUAAGUCAUGUGACACAUGGAACAAGGUGUGAGGGUAGUAGUUGCUAGGCAUUUUGACAGGGUGAACCAUAGCACAAUGAGAGAGGCUGAGACAGACAGAGGGAGGGAGGGAAAGCAGACCACUGUGCAAAAGAAGAGAACAAUUAUAUCUUUUUUGCAGUGGAUUAGGAUGAUUGACGCUUUAAUGCCAAUGCUAUUUUGUGUAUUUGUUUAAAGGUACUAAAGCUGUAUAAAAUUAACACAGUGAAAUGUUUCAGAGGGUUGUUGUUCGAAAUAAGCCUAUUCUAGUUUGCCCGGGCUUUUCUCUCUUUUUUUUUUUUUUUAAAAUAAAGCUGACGGUGUUAAAGUAACAGAAUUUGCUGGUUUAAACAGCUUACAGUGUUGUGGAGAAGCUGUGCUUUAAAUUAAAAAGCUUUAAGACUAAUGUUUUUCUUUUGACCUUUUUUAUAACUUGUCAUGAACAUGCUUGACCACCUAUAAAUACUUACAUGAAUCUAAUGUAAGGAUAGUGUUCGCAGUAUUUAAUAUGCAUCAUGCUAUAUCUACAUUAUGGCUUUGUAUUAAAUGUUAUGAAAUAUAAACAGCAUAAUUUAAAUGUUUGUUGUUGCUAUGUUUCUAUAUUUUACUGUAUUUUCCUUUAUUUUAUAUAAUGUUCUUUUUUCUAGCCUUUGUCUUUUCCUUUUAAAGAUUUGCUGAAAGUACAGUAAUGCAAGACCUCUUGUGUGUAAACCACAUGAGAGAGCACGUGUAUGAUGAGAACCAGACUAUGCAUGUCUUUAAUGCUUUGUGUAAUUUCCUAUGUGGAUGUUCAUUUGUUGGGCAAAUUUACAGUAUUAGCAAAAAAAUAAAUAAACCUGGUAAAGUACA